GUUUGUGACAGCACAAUUAAUUGCCACCUUGCCCCUCCCGCUAGCUACGACCCUGCUCUAGUAGUGUCACUAAACAAACUUUAACUUUAAAUAACUUCUAGCCGUUUUGUUUUAAUUGGUUCGUUUAAUCAAAGGUGGAAACAACAGAUCAUAACGAUAGUUUGGUGUUAAACUGCGUAACAUUUCUUUUAGUUUUAUUAAGAAGCACGUUCUCUAACAUUACUUCAGAUAUGACUUGGAAAUGUGGAGAUUUGAUUCUUUCUGCGGAUCCAUAUGUGCACAUAUUGGCCCAGAAGGAAAGAAGAAAAAGAUGCGACUCGUGUUUUAAAAAUUCAGACAAACUAAAGAGGUGCACAGCGUGUUCUGUUGUUUACUACUGCAGUGUUAAGUGCCAGCGAGAAGACUGGAUUGUUCACAAAGAAGAGUGUCUUUGCUUGAAGCAGAUGUCACCAAAGAUUCCCACUGACAGCGUCCGUCUGCUACUCAGACUGGUUAUACGACACAAGCGUGGAGAUGACACCCAAUUUGUGGAUACAGCGAAGUGGCGUACAUUUGAUGAAUUUCAGUCACACACUGAUGAAAUAAAGGCUGAUGUUAAAAGAACUGAGAUAUUUGUGAAGAUGUCCUACAUCAUUUGCCAGUUGGUUGGAGAUCGCUUCCCUGUGCCUGAUGCAAGCAAGUUGCUUGAUAUGUUUGGAAAGAUGACCAUAAACAGUUUCUCGAUCUGUGAUGCUGAGAUGCAGGCGAUAGGCACUGGAAUCUAUCUCAGUCCCUCCCUUCUUGAUCACAGUUGCCAGCCAAAUGCUGUCGCUACGUUUACUGGGAAAACAAUUUCUAUUCGAGCCGUCAGUGACAUUGAGGAGACUGAACCUUCCAAGGUGUUUCUCAGUUACAUUGACCAGCUUGCUCCAAGCACAGACAGGAGAAGACAACUAGAAGAGCAGUAUUAUUUCACUUGUCAAUGUUGUCGGUGUCUAGAUUCAAAUUUAGAUGCUAAAAUGCAGAGUAUUUAUUGUGAUCAGUUAAACUGCAAAGGACUGAUGUACAAAAUGUCAGUUGACACAGUCUACACCUGUCAGACGUGCAAGGUGGAGGUAACUCUUGAUGACAGACAGGAAGAUAUUGACAACCGGACCACUGAGUUGAAGGAGUUCAUUGAAGAGAUAGACAAAACAAAGAAUGAAACAGAUGCAUCGUUGAUUCAGGUUAGAUGUGAGAAGAUGCUUCAGAAACACGGUGCAGUCUUUCCUCCCUACAACGUGCACAUGCUGCAUCUGUUGGAGAGGGCGUUUGAUGCAUGUAUAGACGCUGGUCACUGGGAGCAGGCUUGUCGACAUGGUACAGCCAUUACACAGCCAUACUAUGCCCUGUAUCCAGACUCCAGUCCCAGCGUGGGAGUUCACCUCAUGAAGAUGGGCAAGGUUCAUCUGUUACUACAGCACCUGGAACCAGCUCUCAAGAACCUACAACAGGCUGAGACAAUUAUUUCUGUGACCCAUGGUAAAACUCAUCACCUUUACAAGGACCUCGUACUUCAGUUAGACCAAUGCUGUGAGGAGAUGAGGAUUGUCAUGGAACGUGGUGAAACAACUUGAAAUCAUGAAGUGAAACAUGGCAAAAACAACCUGAAAUCAUGAAGUGAAACAUGGUAAAAACAACCUAAAAUCAUGAAGUGAAACAUGGUAAAAACAACCUGAAAUCAUGAAGUAAAACAUGGUAAAAACAACCUGAAAUCAUGAAGUAAAACAUGGUAAAACCAACCUGAAAUCAUGAAGUGAAACAUGGUAAAAACAACUUGAAAUCAUGAAGUGAAACAUGGUAACAACUUGAAAUCAUGAAGUGAAACAUGGUUACAACUUGAAAUCAUGAAGUGAAACAUGGUAACAACUUGAAAUCAUGAAGUGAAACAUGGUUAAAACAACCUGAAAUUAUGAAGUGAAACAUGGUAAAAACAACCUAAAAUCAUGAAGUGAAACAUGGUAAAAACAACCUGAGCUCGGAAAAUGAAACAUGAUGAAAACAACUUGAGAUUGUGAAGUGAAAGAUGAUGAAAACUACAGCUUCUGAAAUGAAACACAGAUAAAAUGGAGUAGAAUUGAUUUAUAUGUGAAAUUUUAAUGCAUAAAAUGGCACAUGACUAAAAUAUUGGCUCAUGAACUAAUACCUGCUCAAAAGGAUUACCAGUUAUAAAUACCCCAAUUCACAAAGAUGCAAUGGUAGUGGAUUAAGUAUACACGAUCCAUUACUUUCAAUAGUGCGGAAGAAAGAAUGCACAAUUCUCAGAUCACAACAAUGGAAAUGUAUUCAGCAUUAAAUGUUAAUUUACCCAUAUGCAUAGCCUAGUCUUACAGUAUCAGCCAUUGAUUGAAAAUCCGGAUUAAAGGUUGUGAUAGCUCUAAUCUCAGGCUACAUGAGGGAAGAACAGGUUUCAUUGUAGCCCAGUGGUAAAGCGUUCACUUGAUGCAUGGUCGGUUUAGGAUCAAUCCCCGUCUGUAGGCUAUGUCUCAUUCCAGCCAGUGCUCCACAACUGGUGUAACAAAGGCCG